UGCAGUCUCACUCUCCUCCUCGUCUGUCUCCUUUCCUGCUCUUUUCCCCACCUCUCUCUCUCUCUCUCUCUGCAUCUCACCCUCCUGCUCCUCCACACUCCUUCUGUUUUCAUUCAGGCUGUUUACCCGUGUCCUCUUCUAUUGCCCAGUCCUUUCCUUCUCUUUGCCUCCCUCGUUGCUGCUGCUGCUGCUCUGCCAGCCUCACCCUAUAUCCCUCCCAUCCAUCAAAUCCUCCUCCUCCUUCUCCUUUUGGAGACCUUAAAAGCUGCUCAGCAAACAUAGCAUAACACACUCCUCUCCUGCGAGGGUAAAACAUGUCAACCGUCCUGGACCUGGAGCAGAUUUCACAUGCUGGGAAUGAUUUGGAGCAUGACAUUGAGACUCCACACGGGGUUCUCCAUGUGACGAUGAGAGGUGUUCCCAAGGGCAACAGACCUGUCAUCCUCACCUAUCACGACAUCGGACUCAACCACAAGUCCUGCUUCAACACGCUGUUCAACUAUGAGGACAUGCAGGAGAUCACCCAGCACUUUGCUGUGGUCCAUGUGGAUGCCCCCGGGCAGCAGGAAGGUGCACCUCCCUUUCCCAGUGGAUAUCACUACCCUACCAUGGACGAGCUGGCUGAAAUGCUGCCCUCUGUGAUGACUCAGCUGAAGGUCAACAGUGUGAUCGGCAUUGGUGUUGGAGCAGGAGCUUAUGUUCUCACCCGCUUUGCACUGAACCAUCCCAGCCUGGUCGAAGGACUGGUUCUGAUCAACGUCGACCCAUGUGCUGAAGGCUGGAUCGAUUGGGCUGCUUCCAAGCUUUCUGGAUGGACCAGUAACUUGGUGGACAUCGUCAUGGCUCACCACUUCAGUACUGAUGAGCUGACAGAAAACCAGGAGCUGAUCCAGACCUACCGCCUCCACAUCGCCCAGGACAUCAACCAGGACAACCUGGCCCUGUUCUGCAGCUCCUACCAGUACCGCCGUGACCUUGAGAUCGAGAGACCCAUCGUGGGGUUAAAUGAGGAUACGGUGAACACACUAACGUGCCCUGCCUUGCUGGUGGUUGGGGACACAUCUCCUGCUGUCGACGCCGUGGUGGAGUGCAAUUCCAGGUUAAACCCCACCAAGACCACACUGCUAAAGAUGGCUGAUUGUGGAGGUUUGCCACAAGUCGUUCAGCCAGGGAAGCUUGCUGAGGCAUUCAAAUACUUUGUUCAGGGGAUGGGAUAUAUUCCCUACGUUCUCCUCAGUCACCUGAGCAACGAAUCAGUGCCUACAGCGGGAAUGACUCGUCUGGCUCGCUCGCGCACCGCCUCCUCCUCCAGCAUCACCUCCAUGGAGAGCAGCCGCAGCCGCAACAACAUCAGCAGCCUGCUGGAGGGAAACGCCGGCGCCGGCAGCCUGGACAACCAGGUGGCACCUCAGACCAUGGAGGUGUCCUGUUAAACCCCGCCUCCUUUCACACUCUCAUAGUAAUUUAUAUAUCCCCUCUCUCUCUUUUCUCACUCGUCCUGCUCCAAAGCAAUUUGAUGCCGGGGGAGUGUGUGUGAUUAGAAAGGAGGAUCUAAUAAGUAUAUUAACAGAUGCAUAUUAGAGGAUAUGUUAUAAACACACACAUAUAUAUAUAUAUAUAUACUGUCAAAGUCCUGUUACUAACAUAAACCAGGAGUACAUUCAGAUGUUGUAUAUUUAAAUGUUUUAAACCAUUGGAUUGAGUCCCCUGUCAAACCUUGUAUUUAUUUUGUCUUGUUUGAAUCCUCUUUAUACACUGUAGAAAUCCUCUGUUCAACCAAGCUUUUUUUUUUUAUUUCUAACGUGUGUUUUCCAACCAUUCUGACUCACUCUGUUUCUAUUUUUAAAUCUACCACAAUGCAAAGAAUAAAUCGGAGAACAAAGGUGUUCAGAAACGGUACUGGUACCUGUUGUUGUACAGUGGGUCUCUGAAGUGUGCGCAGACCUGUAAAAAUACCAGGUAGUAGUGAUGUACAACAAUGAUAGAUCAUUUUAGAUGCGUUUCUGCAUAUGCUGUGAGGUUUAUCCUGUUUGAUCUGACUUUAAAAACAGCCCAGAGGUGUGCAGACCUUUAAGGCAUGAUUUGGUUGAAGCGCCUUUUGAUUACUUUUUAAACAUCUUAUUGUACAAAAGUAGCAGUCAGGGGAAGGGUACAAAAAUGUUCCAAUGCAUUAUUUAUAUUUCAUAUUGAAGACAGUCACCAAUAGUUGGAGUAAAUGUGAGGUUACCUUAAGUGUAAAGUACCUUUUUAAUCAGAGCUGCUGCUGUCCUGCAUGAACCAAGCUUCACCGUCUUCCUCAUAUGUCUGAACUUUAGGAGCAGGAUGUGACAAACAGGCCUGGCCUGACUGCAACCUUCCCAAACCUCAUAGCAGGCAGAUGAAAUUAGAGAACCUUCCCAAAUAAGCUAGUUUUGACUGAAAGCCGCCAGGAGGGUGGGGGCAGAGAUAAGGGAAACUGAUGGACCCCCAACAAAGAAGACUGAAUGCUGACUUUGAAAUAGAAGCGAUUUAAACAGUUGUUGAGCUGUGCACACCCCAUCUACCAGGUUAUUGCAGCUUAUUAACUUUCCGGACUGAUGAUUUUUUUUUUUUUUCUGGAGGGGGAUAAAGGAUAAAUUCUACAAUAAAUUCUUU